AUGGGGCACAUCGAACCCUUCGCUUGGUCCAAUCAAGGAAAAAGUAUAGGAGACUGGGUCAAACAUAUCUGCUCGAUUUUUCGAUGCGAACUUUAUGAAGCUGAUUUUCAUAUUGGAAAGAUAAAAUACCAUGUGCAAUCCCUUCGGAAUAUUAUUCCGAAACUCAGUAAAGCCGAUAUUUAUUGUUUCACAGCUCAACCGAGUGAGCACGACAUUAAAAGUACUCAAAACAUUUUAACAACUUUUCUACCAUGUGUAAAACAUUUCCGAUUAUAUUGUGUCCCUCUCCAAGGCAACCUUUCCAUUCAACACAUUGGAAUGGCAAAUUUGAAAGAGUUGGAAGUAUAUUAUCCGCAAAAUCCGAAACUUGAUGAUCUUCUAACACUGAAUGCAGAACGUUGCACAAUUCUUGAAAAUCGAUUCUCGCUUCGCGACUUGAAUCGCUUCUUCAAACUGUGGACGAAAGGAUCCAAUCCAAGAUUGAAGUUUUUGAUGGUACAUGGAAACAAAGGAACCAUUCCGUCUAGAAACGUUCUGUUAAAAGGAUUACAGGAAGAAGAAACAAUAGAAGGAACGGUUUACACAAUUAAGAAUUGUUUUGGGAUUUGCGCUCAAAUUAAAAUGGUCAAUUAUGUACGUUUUCUUGUUUCUGUUGAGUUUACAGUUUCGAAUUAA